GUGUACAAAUUAGGGUUCUAAAGAUAUCGACAAUUGGCUAGCCGAGUCAACCAGCGCAACAGUCAACAGUGCGGAAGCCUUCGGAAGUCAUCGUUCCUCCUCGGUGGAGUCAAGCAAGCUUGUUCCAAAACAUCUCUACAAAAUGACUUCUUCAAUUCCAGACGCUGACGCUGCUAUUGUUUGCGACAAUGGCUCAGGAGUGGUAAAGGCGGGCUUCGCCGGGGAAGAUGCCCCUCGCGUCGCCUUUCCUAGCAUCGUCGGCCGACCCAGACACCAAAUGGCCAUGGUGGGCGCCGCCUGUCAGCGCCUCUACCUGGGCGACGAGGCGCAGGCCAAGCGCGGCGUGCUGACCCUGUCCCACCCCAUCAGCCACGGCGUGGUGACCGACUGGCCCGACAUGGAGGCGCUGUGGCAGCACACCUUCACCCACGAGCUGAGGACUGACCCCGCCGAGCGACCCGUGAUGCUGACAGAGGCGCCGCGGAACCCCAAGGCAAACAGGGAGAAGGCCACUGAGUUGCUGAUGGAGAGCUUCCAGGUGCCCGCCCUCUACGUGGCGCUGCAGGCGGUGCUGGCGCUGUACGCCUCGGGGCGCACCACGGGGCUGGUGCUGGACGUGGGGGACGGGGUGGCGCAUGCGGUGCCGGUGUACGAGGGCUUCUCCAUGCCCCACGCCAUCGGGCGGCUGGAUGUGGCGGGGCGCGACGUGACCCGCCAGCUGUCCCGGCUGCUGGGGGAGGCGGGGGUGAAGCUGGGGAGCAGCGCGGAGCUGGAGAUCGUGCGGGACAUCAAGGAGCGGCUGGCCUACGUGGCCCUCGACCUGCCCUCCGAGCUGGCCACCGCCCGCAGCUCCGGACUGCUGGCCCGCGAGUACACCCUGCCGGACGGCAACACCGUGAGGCUGGGGGAGGAGCGGUUCAGGUGUGCCGAGGUUCUGUUCGACCCCAGCCUGCUGGGCGCUGAGGGCGGCACGGGGCUGCACCAGCUGCUGGCCGCCUCCGUGGCCGCCUGCGACCUGGACGUGCGGAGGGAGCUGCUGGGCAAUGUGGUGCUGUCGGGGGGGACAACACUGCUGGAGGGGCUGCCGGCGAGGCUCACUCGCGAGCUGACCGCUCUGGCUCCCCCCGCCUGCCCCGUGCGUGUGGUGGCGCCCCCCGAGCGCAAGUACCUGGUGUGGAUCGGCGGCAGCGUGCUGGCCUCGCUGCCCACCUUCGCGGACAAGUGGAUCACGAGGGAGGAGUACGACGAGUACGGACCUGCAGUCGUACAUCGAAAGUGCUUUUGAUGUCGCUGUUUUGUAAACGUUGAAGACAAGGGGUGCUGUUUGCGUGCUGUUGUCCGUUAAAGCGUUGGAGGUGCAGCUGACGUUGAAUUGGGGUUACGACGUGAUGGGCAGCGUGGGCAGUACGGUAGGCGGGUGGAUACAGGUAUGUGCAUGGCGCUAGGAUGUGCAAUUGUGCAUACAUGGCAGGAAAGGAGGGGGUGAUACAGCAGGUGAAGGCAACGCUUUGGCAUGCUGGUAUAUAUAGCUGUCACCGUUUGGCACACAUCAUGGCAUGUUGCAUGUUGUUACAGGAUGUCGUGAGCUCGUGACCCAUGGGUCUGUAGGAGGGGUGCGUGAUGGCGGUUUUGGUUUAGGAUGAACUAUUGAGCUUGUGUGCGGCUUCGGCAGUACCUGUGCGGCACAUACCCUCUGCCGAAUAAGGUGUGAACAUUGCCUAGCUGCUGUUGUGACGCUGCAUGUUGCGAGGCAUGUUGCCGGAGGUUUCGCAUCUUCCUAACCUAUAUGUUGAACUGCUUGUUAAGCUAGGUUAAGCUACAUAAAGUUGCAGUGAACUAGGAAACCUGAUUGCAUGAUUGUAUUUAACGACGUUGUACAUAGACCUGUAGCAUAUGUAAGACGUGCACGUAUGUGCCGUGUCCAAUUUACCUAUGGGGCACGGCUUGGGAAGACGCUGGAAGCAAGCUCUAUGUCAGGUACAUUACACU